AUGAAUACUCUCUACACCGCCGUCCACUACUGGCUAGUUGACCACCCAUUCAUCGCUCAAUACGAAUGGAUUCCUGGCCAAACCGCCGGCGCCACCCCACUCUUCCUCACACUCACUGUCCUUGUCUACCUUACUCUCACCCUUACCCUCCACCACUUUCCCCUCCUACCCACUCUCCCCGCCGCCACCCUCCGCCUCAUCACCGCCACCCACAACCUAAUCCUCUGCCUUCUCUCAUUUCUCAUGGCCCUUGGCUGCACUCUCUCUAGCCUCCACCAGAUGCCGCCAAAUGACCCCACCUGGCCCAUCUGCUUCCCCGCCGGCCGCACCCAGCCUAAGGGUCCCACCUUCUUCUGGGCUCACGUCUUCUACUUCUCCAAAAUCCUCGAAUUCAUUGAUACCCUUUUGAUCCUCCUCAGUGAAUCUCGGUCCCGCCGCCUCUCCUUCCUCCACGUGUACCACCACGGCGUGGUGGUCGUAAUGUGUUUCCUCUGGCUGUCCACCGCGCAGUCGCUAUUCCCAGUGGCCCUCGUGACCAAUGCCUCCGUGCACGUGGUAAUGUACGCUUAUUACUUGCUAUGCGCAAUUGGGAUUCGUCCACGGUGGAAGAGGUUGGUGACGGAUUUUCAGAUUAUUCAGUUCGUUUUUAGCUUCUUGAUUUCGGGUUUGAUGCUGUACUACCAUUUUACCGGGUCGGAUUGCUCCGGGAUCUGGGGAUGGUGCUUCAAUGCAGUUUUUAAUGCUUCGCUUUUGGCACUUUUUAUUAAUUUUCAUCUCAAGAAUUAUGCCAAGCAAAAGAACAAAGAUAAGAGGUUGUGA